CAUUAAACCGCGCUAAGCUUUCACUAUCCUUCUCGUCUCUUCUAAACUCAACCCAAAAUACACAUUUUUCCAAAUCAAACCUUAUCGCCAUGGCAACAACCAACCUAACCGCCCCGCCGAAAAUCUCUCCGCCGCGGCUUCCUCUCCGGCGAUCACCGGCCUCGAAGAGCGCGACAAUGAUGAUGGCAAAAGGAGCGGCGAAAUACAAAGGCACGAAGAUGAGAGCAAAGAAGCUAACGGAUAUGAUCGAGGCGAAAGUGAUGGAAGCGAAGCAAGUUUGUGAAGGUGAUCGAAGAUCGAGCGAGUGUAGAGUUGCGUGGGAUGAGGUUGAAGAAGUGAGCCAAGCGAUGGCUGAUCUUCGCCGGAAGCUUGCGAAACACGAGGAUCCGCUCGAGUUUUUUUGCUCGGAGAAUCCUGAUAUUGAUGAUUGUGUUGUUGAUUACUAGUGUGUGUGUGUGCAGGGUUAGAUUGUUUAUGUUCAUCAGUUUAGAUCGUACCGUUUUAUUUACCGUGACUCGAUUCUCGCUCAUCCCGAAAUUUAUAUGUACUAAAAUUUCGCUGAUCGAUUCUCGCUAUCGCUCAUUCCGAAAUUUAGUACACAAAUUUAUAUGUACUCGUGUGUAUUUGUACAAGUCCAAUUAUUCAAAUUAACGGGGGUGUAUUCGAUUGGGAUUUUAAUGCAUUGUUUUUAGUCUAUGGAUUUUAAUGGAUUGUAUGAGAUUUUGAUUUUGUGCGAA